UUCAGUACUCUCCAACCUGAGCUGGGGCCAAGACCGCGCACGCACACCUUGCCAUCCGUCCGUCGGAACCACACAGUCCAGACGUACCGCCGGUGAUCGAUCGGGUAUCGAUCAUACCUGGCGAGAUAGACCAGUUCCCGAUUUUCCACGGUUUGUGAGGGAUCCAGUGAACGCGGUGUUUUGACGUCUCCAAGAUAACUUUCGGAGAUUUAAACUCGAAGAGCCAACAAACCUAAGGUUAAGAGUGUUUGAAUAUCGACUCGGUAAAUACUGAAGGUACUAUUUGCUCGGCAAAUAAGUGAACAAACAAUGAUUUCUUAAUCUGUCUACCUUUUCGAGCGAAAUUUGAAUGUGUAACAAAACUCUGAAUUUCGCACCAAGUGAUGAUUGUUUCCUCGAUUUUGUUGUAGUGUUGAAAUAUGGCUUCAGACGAGGAUUGCAAUACGACCUACACCUACCCGUUGAUGGAGAACGCAACUCCUUCCCCCCAAACCAACCCCUACAGCAACUGCAUCUCCCCUUCUAACUCCCCCUCCCCCCUGCUUUCCUACCUGUCCCAGACGCCCCGUUACGACUACCACGACCAAGAGCUGAUGACGUCGCAGAUGCUCGGCCAGACGUUGCCCAAGACGCAGGAGAUGUGGGGCGAGAUGUCGCCCAACAUGUAUCCGGAGUAUUGCACGUACGAAAACCGUUACGGGCUACGCACCAAUUACGCGGAGAACUCUCUGCCAGUGUUCGCGCAAGCUAGGACUAAUUUCGGGCCCAAAAUGGGCGGUCAGGGACAAAAAGUGCCUAAGGAGGCGAGGAUAAGGCGGCCCAUGAACGCGUUCAUGGUUUGGGCCAAGGUGGAAAGGAAGAAGCUGGCUGACGAGAAUCCCGAUCUACACAACGCAGAUCUCAGCAAGAUGUUAGGAAAGAAGUGGCGAUCUCUAACACCCCAAGACCGACGCCCGUACGUCGAAGAAGCGGAACGUCUGAGGGUCAUCCACAUGACCGAGCACCCAAACUACAAAUACAGGCCGAGACGGCGGAAACACAACAAACAAAGGGCCACGUCCGGCUCCACAUCCAGAGUCGGCACAUCGCUGCCCAGCCCCAGUUUGUCGAACAUGUCCCCCCGUUACUCUGGAUACAUCCCCAACUCCAGCCUAUCUCCCAGCAUCUCCCAGUCCAGCAACUUCAACAGCCUGGAUUUCGCCAGUCAGGGCGGUUCUGAUUUCAACCAGGACAAAAGGUACAGUCCUGACUACCAGCAGUACAACUACGUCAGCAGUUAUCAGCAGAGCUACGCUCAGAAGAGCCCGUAUUCUAUCCACACCCCCGACACUUCGCCUACGCAGAGUCCAGAACCUAAAAACACUCCUAAAACUCCUGGAAGUCCCUCCCAGGAGAACAAAGAUUCCAACGACAAGAAUAGCGCGCUACCGACGCCAGAACUGUCUCCGAUGGAGCACGAGAACCAUUUCGAGGAGAAACAGAGGUUAUCGAAUAUCCAACAUACCAGCAACGUGGUCAACAACAUGUCGCCCAGCUUGAGUCCUGGACAUCCUAGCUAUGGCAGAGUUCAGAAUUACAGGCAGCCCAAUAACGUAAACUACACGAAUACUCACCCAAUCACAUCUGUUCCUAUGCCUAAUGGUGGCAUGUACGUGAUGUGCACUAACAAGAGCUCUGUAGAGCAAGGUCAUAUAGUAACCGGAACAUAUUUCCCACCUGUCGCUACCAGUCAAGACCAGCAACUGUUAGGAUCCACCCAGAACACUUUGACUUCUGUUAUUACUGCCAACAAUGCAGGAAAUAUGUCCUUCUACAACCCUGCCAUGUCGCAAUACUACCAUAAAGAAUACACGUUCGACCAAGCCAACAAGGAUGCUUACAACAUGGCCUUCACAACGGCUCUCAAGAACGACAUGUUGGAAAAGAACGACUACCUCCAGAACUACAAAGUACCCAUAAUGGAAGACCAAUAUGUCCCCUACCAAAACAACAGUAUGGUGCAAAAUUACAUACCAGCGAACGAGGAAAGAAGUGACGUUGACAGUGAAGUGGAUAGUCGAGAAUUCGAUAAAUAUUUGAAAUUUAGUGGAAGUGAGAACUUGAUAGACAAUAACCACAACUAUCAUAGGGGAGAUCCCAACAUAAAUUCAAAUUCCACGUACAAUUUCCAACACACCUCUGUGAUUCUACCCAACACGAACAUCAAGCCAGAGCCUGUCCUAGCUCAUUAUUCUGAAGUAUACCCUGAUGGUCCUCAGAACGGCGUGAUUCCUAAUAAAGACGAUGAUUUCAGUGAAAUAUUAGCUGAUGUGAGAAAAACAUGUUACAGUAACUGAUAUAGUCAAUGGGAUCAUAUAUUUGAAAACUGUAAAUUAAAAAUCAAAGAUAAAAUGGUAUCUUCACCUUUCCUCUUUCUUGAAAUUUUUUCAUGUCACGAAUUAUGUAUCUCAUUCGAUCUCGACGGAUAUAUAUGGGACAUAUAUAAGAGAUUGUUUGCUUCAUUUCAACUGAUAAUGAAGGAUCCAGUGCGUGAUGGAAACUGAAUAAAUAUUUGAUUCGAAUCUGGCGAUAAUAAACGAAGAUUUCAUUUUUCAUCAUAUUUGUUUAUUCACUUGUUACUAUUUAUUUUAGAUCAUGUAUAACUUUGUUCCAGUUCUGAUGUCUAUGAAAAUAGUUGCGAUAAAUUCGGUUUAUGAAAAAACCGCGUUAUGAGAUUAUUUCGUAGUGCUCCAAUUUAAGACUGGAUAUCGAGUAUGAUUUCGAAGAGCCUGAGAAAUAUUGACAAGUUGUUAAAUGUGGAAAAGUAUGUACCUUUAUGUUUAUCCUUAUAUUUAUAGAAAUGUUUGUUAAAUAGGGUGUUGAUAAGCGUGAAUUAAAUUUUGUAUAAAUGAGUAUAGUAGAAACUUUCGUAAAAACCAAAGUCUGUACAUUAUGUAAUAUAAUAAAUAUAUUGGAAAUAUCAGUGUAAAUAAUCGAUAUUUUCGAAGAAAUAUAUAUUUUCGAUUUUA